AUGUUCCAUAUUGUACUGCUGGGCUGGCAGCUGGCAUCAGCCUUUGAAGUGUUGGAUGUGGCACCACCGCGAACUGGCACACAGUCACUCCGUGCAGCUCUAGAUAUUUUGGGCUAUAAGACGCUUCAUUCUGGCUCGGAGACUUGGAGCCGUAAACCCUGGUGCCAAUACCUCUUCCGCAACGGUACCUUGGAGGCUGCCCUGCCAAUACUGGAUGAAUACGAUGCAGCCAUGGAUGAGCCCUUUCACUUGCUGUACCAAGAGGUGAUGGCUGCGUUUCCAGAAUCCAAGUUCGUUUACACGCUCAGGGACCCCGACUCCUGGUUCGCGUCCUACGACCAGCUCUUGUCAGGACUGCAUGGCCGACAAGCUACGGUGGGAAAGCUGCUUAGAGGUGUGAAGAGACAUCUCCAUAUUCCCUUGGGUGAAUUGGAUCCUGAUCGCCGAAUGACUGCUGAAGAAGAGAAUGAUGAGGAUUUGAAUCAGGAGUGCCUGCAGAGUCACUACUGGGGCUGCCGCUUUGGCGUACCUGACACAGAGGACUCGAAGCAACAGUGUAUCGAAUCCUAUUGGAGCCAUCUCCGGAAUCUGACGGUGGCGAUUCCCAAAGAUCGACUGUUGAUGUUCAAUAUGAGUGAUGGAUGGGCUCCUCUCUGUAACUUCUUGGGGAAACCCAUCCCAAAACUGCCAUUCCCAUAUGUCGACCACAUGAUGGACGAUUUGAAGCCUUGGACCUCGCUGGUGCAGAAGUCUGCCAAGAAGCGACCGGAGGAACUUUGA